ACCUCCACUGACACGAGUUGGCAGCUUGACAGGGCAGACACGAAAUGCGGCAGCUCCUCGUGAACAUAAACAAUUCUUUUUGCACGUGCACUUGACGAUUUAACAACUGCAAUCAAAUAUUUGCAUAAUUCGGACGCCUAGGUUGCUAGUAAUACAUCAGAAAAGCAACAUGGAACAGUCACCAGAUGCAGAGCCAAAUAUAUUAAUAACAGGCACACCUGGAGUUGGCAAAUCCUACCUUUGCGAACGCCUGGCUGAACAACUAAAAUUCAAAUGGCUGGACUGCUCGAAAAUUGCCAAAGAUAAUGAUUUUGUGGAGGAAUACGACGCUGAGUACGACUGUCCCAUUCUUGAUGAGGAUAAGCUAUUGGAUCACCUGGAACCCAUUAUGGCGAAGGGGGGCAACAUUUUGGAGUAUCACGGCUGCGAUUUUUUCCCAGAGCGCUGGUUCGAAGCCGUUUUCGUGGUCACUUGCCCCAACACAACGCUGUUCGAUCGCCUCAAAGUUCGCCAAUACAACGAAAAGAAGCUGAAAUCGAACAUUGAGUGUGAAAUCUUUGCAACUAUUCUGGAAGAGGCUUAUGAUUCCUAUAAAGAAGAUAAGGUCUUCAAGCUCUGCAAUGAAACAAAGGCGGAUGCCGACAAUUGCCUGAAGACCGUGAAGAAUUGGUACAGAAUGUAUAAACGUAAAUAAAGGCGCUGUAAAAUAGAAGGUAAAA